GAACAUUAAAAGUGAAAUUCCUUGCUCGGUGCCGUCGUUUAUUUGAAACAAGCGUGCUCGUUUGUUCUGUAAUUGCCGAACUCGAAUCGACGUGUAGGUUAUUAAUGAGUGCUAGAAGAAUUAAUAUUCCAUUAUUCGCGACAUCAUCGGUCAAUGGCGCGACAUAAUCCUGCUGCUUAGAGCGAAGCCUCGCGAAAAGUGCGACUUCAAGUGAAAUUUCUCUAGGGAAAAUCAGAAUCAGUAAAAGCUACAUAGCUGAAACUCCGAUGUUUGAAACUCUUUGAACACAGCCAGGUGUUAAUUGAUGUUUUCGAAUGCAUCCCAGCAUCAAUCGUAUCAAACUGUGCAGUAUUUGUUAUUUGCGAACCAGAUCAAGGUUUCAAUUCGGUAGACUACGGAUUCGAGUAGGUACGGUGAACUGAGUGAGGAUGAUUGGCAUUGAAGUUGGGCCAGGUUGAUGAGGAGAACCAGACCAGAAGAUCCCGGCUGAUUUAGGGAAGGACCAGCAUUGGCUACAUCGGGUUACGGAUUUUUUUGGGUAGGCUAGCGGUAGUUUUUGAUGUGUGUUGUACUACGUGCAGAACCAGAGAGCAAAAAAAGGAAGAGUGGUGUUCUGCUGCCGAAUGUGUGUUGGAUGCCAAAAUAGACAUCAGUGCGAUCUGUUUAUUUUCGUGGUCCCGUAAUAACAACAUGUGUUCAGGGCAGGAUCAACAGAAAAGAUGCUGUAAAUGAUCUGUCUAUAAAGAAACGAAAAGGCGAAAAAAGAAAGAGUGCACCAUGAAUAAGUGAUUCUACCUAUUAAAUAGCUGUUGUAUCACAAACGGGAUCCGCUAUCUGGAUGUUUGGUACAUAGUACAUCAACGAGCAUCCGAUGGGCUGCCGAGUUGUCCCGGAUCAUCGUACAUGAUUUAGAUUUUAAUUGAAUCCCAAACAUAAGAAGAAAAGUUCACGCGGUGAUCGUGUAUACCUAAGCAGGUAAAUCAACUGAAUCUGGUUGCUGACAUUUUAUGUUGUUGGACCGCGUAUGAGGAGGCGACAGGUUCGCGAUAUUCUCAGCGGAACUUUUGGAUCGUGCGUUUGGGACGAGUAAGCAACAGGUGAUGUCAACGUCAACAGACGGGCGGAGUGAUUUAAACGAAUCCCAGUACAGCGAUAUUACUUCGGGAUCGACGAUUGAUCUGCUGACUAUUUCAGCCGUUGAUCGGUAUGGCGCUAGCGACGAAGAUCAGGACGUCGUCGGUGGGGAAAAUAAAAAUAGCUACCAUAUUAGUAGCGACGGUGGAGCGCCAAAUGGGGGCCAGAACAAGAUGAUCAAUGCACGCCGUCGGUGGAAACUCUUGGCCAAGGCACUGAGGCAUGACUCUAGCGAGGAUGAUCAGUUUGUAAAGUUCAACUUGAUCGAAUUUGAUCGAGCGUAUGACGAAAAAGAUGAAAAUAUUUACGUAUACAGACUUGCGGAUAGGUACCGGUUGAAAAUAAGACUAAUUGGCGAACGGCCGUGGACUGCCAGUGAAUUAAUAGGGUUCAAUAAUACUGGAAACAUUUGCGUGUGGCCUUCGGAGGAAGCGUUAGCGUACUAUAUCCUGUCACGGUUGGAUAUUUUUGAGAACAGCAACGUGCUGGAGCUGGGAGGAGGAAUGACCUGUUUGGCUGGGUUGGUUCUGGCCAAGUACGGUAGCCCUGCUUUCGUGCACGUGACUGAUGGAAACGAACUUUCCAUGGAAAAUGUCAGAAAGUCUCUUGCGCUGAACAAAUUCAACUGUACAAUCAAAACGUCAGUCCUCAAGUGGGAAACCAUCAGUAACGAUCAGAACGCCAACCAUCCCGAAAGGUCCCGAUAUCAGUUUAUCCUUUCGGCAGAUUGUCUCUUUUUCGACGAGUCACGAUCUCAUUUGAUUGAAACGAUUUGGAUUUGUUUGGCAAAUGAAGGCGUCGCAUUGGUCACGGCGCCGCGACGGGGUCAAACUCUGUCACACUUUCUCAAUGAAUGUGUAGCUCGAGGUUUCUACUAUGAUCUGUUGCAUUGUUACGAUCCGUCAAUUUGGAAGAAACACCUGGAACUCGUUAAAACCGAUGGCUACGAUGAAGAUGUCCAUUAUCCGGUUCUAGUUAAACUUUACCGAAAAGAUUACGAGUUAGGACAGGUUUGAAAAAGAACUCGGCGAGCUUUCAUUUGAAUUUUUGGAACCGAUUUGUGAUCUCAAAGGAUGUGCCAUUAAGGUUUGUAAAAAAACCUAUAGAUAGAGAUAAGAAAUCAACAGAAACGCUUAGAUGGAUUAAAAAAAUAAUCAGGACCGGUAAUACUAGCGUACUUAGCGUAAUGAGAACCAAUGUAAUGCCAAAGACAACAAUUUGUAGAACUAUUAACAUUGUAAACAUUAUGGACAUGGAACAAAAAGUUUGUAAACACAUGAUGAAACAUACAAGCACAAACUGAAUGUUAUAGAAUACAGUUUUGUUAUGUUUUUCCUUGGCAGCUGACAGUUUGAUAAACUAGUUAAAACAAGUUUGCUACAUUUUAUUAGCACGAAUUUAUCAAUAAAACACCAAUGGAAACCCGUAGCUUUGGAUCUCAAGAAACCUUCCAAACAAUAAGCAAUUUGUUAGAAAUAAAUUAUAUUUAUUCUAAAAUUUAUAUGUAUAGUAUAAUUGAGAACAAAUGGCAUCCAGGUUUUUCAAUUCAACUAACAUGAGAGUUUUACCCUUAUACUAUUAACGAGAAUCGCCGGUAGUUUUUAUCGAUUUUCUAACAUAUGGAGUACGUUACUUAGUUGGGUUAUUUCGCAUUUGACUGAGUGGCAGUUAUUAUGCAAAGUGGCAAUUGCCCAUGUGACAAGAAAGAUUUA